AUGCCCCACUCCGAGCCUGACCGGCCGUCGACAAAACGUCAAAGGAUCGAUGCCGUCGUCAAGGUGUCGCCCUCGCCGGCCAAGCGAGGCUCGACCAUCUUUGCGCCAUUCCGAACCAUUGGACUAGUUUCUCCGACGGCCGUCCCCUUCGCUUCGAUUCCCCUCGGCAAGACAACUUUCCAGAUCACGACCUCGGUCGGCCGCGCCCUGCAGACCUACGAUCUCAAGCGCGGCCUCAACCUCGUCUUCGUCACGCGCCCCCAGACGCCCGCCGACAUCACCGCCACCUAUGCUUGGAAGGAUAAAGUCUUUGCCGCUUGGGGCGACCCGCGCAAUGGCGAGCCCCAGGGGUUGUGGGCAUUUCAGCGCGGCAAGAAGGCCGCCGAGCUCCAGCUGCCUGCGGAUUUGGACCAACCCAUCAAGCAGAUCCUGAUUUUUGGCUCCUGGAUCGUCGCUUGCGCUUUAACGAGGGUAGAGGUGUGGAAGUCGUCAACAUUGGAGCAUUACACCACCAUCUUCACAGCCGCGACUAAGAAAGGCGACAAUGAAAUCAGCGGCGGCGUCUGCAACAUGCCCACAUUCCUCAACAAGAUUUUUGUCGGACGGAAAGACGGUUGGGUUGAGAUCUGGAACAUCAGCACGGGCAAGCUUAUUUACACGAUCUUGCCACCAACUCCAGAUUGCGGCGCUGUCACCUUCCUUCAGCCUUCCCCGGCUUUAUCCCUUCUGGCCAUUGCCUACUCCGGAGGACCAUUGGUUCUACAAAACGUACUUACCGACAAAUCUGUCCUUCGGUUAAAUGCUGGGACCGAGGAUGCUCCGGUUACGUGCAUCUCGUUCCGAAGCGACGGCCAGGGAGCGGGUCAAGACGGGAGAAAGGAUGGCGUUAUGGCUACCGCCACCAGCGUUGGUGGGGAUGUCACCUUCUGGGAUCUCAAUAAGGGAGGGAGAAUAAUGGGUGUUCUCCGGAGCGCGCACAAUCCCCCGUCCUACAACAAGGACGUCCGUGGAGGAAUCAGCAAAGUCGAGUUCCUCCCCGGGCAGCCCGUCAUUGUUACGAGUGGCCUGGACAACUCCCUCAAGUCUUGGAUAUUUGAUGAGUCGCCCUUUUCGCCUGUCCCACGCAUUCUGCAUAUGCGCAGCGGGCACGCGGCUCCAUGGCUGCUCAGCGGUGGCCGUGAUAGGAGCUUGUGGGGGUGGAGUUUGCGCCGUGAUGGGCAGAGCACCGAACUUAGCCAGGGCGCCAUCCGGAAGAAGGCCAGGAAGAUUGGUAUUUUGGCUGGCAGCUCCAUGUCGCAUGGCCCAACCACCACUUUGGACGACCUCAAAGCGCCGGAAGUCACCUGUAUCGCCUCUUCGCUAAAUCGGGAUGGAGGGAUGGGAACCAUGCCCGGGAAACAAAUGAUUUGGGACAAAGGCAAUGAUAAAAACAAGCUCACGAGUGCUCAACUUAGCGGUAUGACUGGCUGGGAGAGCGUCGUAACGGCCCACAAGGAUGACCCUUGGGCACGUACGUGGUUUUGGGGGAGAAAGAGGGCCGGUCGGUGGGCGUUUAAGACAGGCGAUGGGGAGAGCGUGUCGACUGUUGCCAUGAGCUCCUGCGGCAGUUUUGCUUUCCUACGACAACUGAAGAUGCAGCAGUUGAAGGCACUGGAUGAGGUCAACAAGCUCCAGUCGCGGUCCAAAGCCACGUUUGCGCCAGGCACCGGGAGGCACACCAAGGCCGUGACGGGCAUUGUGGUUGACUCGCUCAACCGAACCGUCAUAUCUUGCUCGCUCGACGGCAAGAUUAAGUUUUGGGAUUUCGUGACGGGGAGCCUCAUCGACGAGAUUGAUUGGGCACCAAUGAUCAAGAUCACAGCUUGCCGCUACCACGCAGGAAAUGACCUCAUCGCCUUUGCAUGCGACGACCAUUCCAUCCGGGUGGUCGACGUGGAAACCAAACAGACGAUUCGUGAGUUUUGGGGCUGUCGGGGGGACAUCAACGACUUCUGCUUCUCCAACGACGGCCGGUGGAUUGUCGCCGCAUCGCAAGACUCGAUUGUUCGCGUCUGGGACCUGCCCACGAGCCACCUGAUCGAUGCCUUCCGGCUGGAGAAGCCCUGCACGGCGCUCGCUUUCUCGGCGACGGGCGACGCGCAGAGACGAGCACUAGCUGCCGAGGAGAGACGACGUCACGGCGCCGGUGCUCGACCAGCUCAGUGCCGACAUGACCACCCUCAGUUUGGUUCCGAGAGUCGCUGGCAGACGCUGCUGCACAUCGACCUGAUCAAGGAGCAGAAACAAACCCAAGGAGGCGCCCAAGGCGCCCGAGAAGGCGCCGUUCUUCCUGCCGGCUACACGGACUUCCUCGAACACCUUAAAUCGCUCGGGCCGUCGGCGGCCGACCUAGAACUUCGGUCGCUCUCCAUGGGCUUCGGCGACGACGAAUCCAACGAACUGUUGCACUUCAUCCGGGCGCUGACGAGCCGGCUGGUGGCGCGGCGCGACUACGAGCUGACGCAGGCGUGGAUGACGGUGUUCCUGCGGCUGCACUUCGAUCUAGUCAUGGCCAACGAGUCGCUGCUGGAGGCGCUGGGCGAGUGGAAGCAAUAUCAGGGCAAAGAGAGGGAGCGGCUGGAUGAUUUGGUUGGGUAUUGUGGGGGGGUGGUCGGGUUUUUAAGGAGUCCAAGGACGUGA